GCGGGGUUCGCGGCUGCGCUGCCUCACCGCUUGCCCGAGCCCCCGGCUGGGCCCAAACAGGAAGAUGGAGUGUCAAAAAAUUACCAAUUUUGGAAACCAGCUUCUUCGCCGGAAAAAUGUGGACUGCUCUCGAGAAGACAGUCGCCUCUCGCGAUGCCUUAACACGUUUGACUUGGUGGCUCUGGGUGUAGGCAGCACUUUGGGUGCAGGUGUCUAUGUACUGGCUGGGGCUGUGGCACGGGAAAAUGCAGGACCUGCCAUUGUUAUCUCCUUCUUGAUUGCUGCCCUGGCUUCCGUGCUGGCCGGACUCUGCUACGGAGAAUUCGGUGCUCGAGUUCCUAAGACGGGAUCAGCUUAUCUCUACAGCUACGUGACUGUGGGUGAGCUGUGGGCCUUCAUCACAGGCUGGAAUCUCAUCCUCUCCUAUGUUAUUGGAACCUCAAGUGUGGCCAGAGCCUGGAGUGCGACAUUUGAUGAAAUCAUAGGGCAGCACAUUGAAAAAUUUUGUAAAAAAUACAUGACGAUGGAUGCUCCCGGAGUGCUAGCAAAAUAUCCAGACAUCUUUGCUGUGGUGAUAAUCAUCAUCCUAACAGGGCUUUUAGCUUUUGGUGUGAAAGAAUCUGCCCUGGUGAACAAAGUGUUCACCUGCAUCAACGUCCUUGUCCUUGGAUUUGUCGUGAUCUCCGGCUUUGUGAAAGGAUCUGUUAAAAACUGGAACCUGACUGAACAGGACAUUUACAAUACAAGCCAUAGCCUUUUCAAAGACAAUCAAACACAGGAAGAAAAGCUCUACGGUGUUGGAGGGUUUAUGCCCUAUGGAUGGAAAGGAGUCCUCUCAGGGGCAGCCACGUGUUUUUAUGCUUUUGUGGGAUUUGACUGUAUUGCUACUACAGGUGAGGAGGUAAAAAACCCUCAGAAGGCCAUUCCUAUUGGCAUUGUGGCAUCUCUUCUUAUCUGCUUUGUGGCUUAUUUUGGCGUGUCAGCUGCCCUGACGCUCAUGAUGCCUUACUACCGGCUGGAUACCAAUAGCCCUUUACCCAAUGCCUUUAAAUACGUGGGUUGGGAUGGAGCCAAUUAUGCAGUGGCUGUUGGUUCCUUGUGUGCACUUUCCACGAGUCUGCUUGGCUCCAUGUUUCCGAUGCCUCGAAUAAUUUAUGCUAUGGCAGAAGAUGGACUUCUCUUUAAAUUUUUGGCUAAAGUCAACGAGAAGAGAAAAACUCCCUUAAUUGCAACGGUGACCUCAGGUGCUACUGCAGCUGUUAUGGCCUUUCUCUUUGACUUGAAAGAUCUUGUGGACCUCAUGUCCAUCGGGACCCUCCUGGCAUACUCCUUGGUAGCAGCCUGUGUGUUGGUACUGAGGUACCAGCCAGAGCAGCCUAAUUUGGCAUACCAGAUGGCAAGGUCGACAGAGGAGACAGAUAACAACGAGUCUGUGAGCACCAGUGAGUCACAGGCUGGGUUUCUGCCAGAGGAAGAGGAGAAGUUUUCCCUCAAAGCCGUACUGUGUUCCACAGAGUCAGAUCCUUCCAAAUUCUCAGGUUUGGUGGUGAACGUCUCAACCUUCAUCUUAGGUUUCCUUAUUGUGGGUAUCUGUAUCCUGACUUCCCUUGAGCCAAACAUUCUGAUAAACACUGUACAGAUUAUUGCCGCCAUCCUUGUUGUCACUAUCAUCUUCAUUAUACGGAAACAGCCUGAAAGCAAAACCAAACUCUCCUUUAAGGUACCUUUUUUGCCCUUUCUUCCUGUUGGGAGUAUUUUUGUCAAUGUUUACCUCAUGAUGCAGCUAGACGCAGGCACGUGGAUUCGGUUUGCAAUCUGGAUGCUCCUAGGCUUUAUCAUCUACUUUACCUAUGGAAUAUGGCACAGUGUGGAAGCCAGCUAUGCAGCCUCAGCAGAAGCGGAGAGAAACACAGACACUGGCUCAGACAGCUGUAAAUGACUGUUUGGCUUACGGGCGACUGAAAGAAUGGCUGCAGUGAAAGAAACUUUGUGGUGGGGGUCCUGAACCAGAUUACACCUGUAAUCAGUUACGCAGAAAUAAGGAAGCAGAAUGCAGGCCUCCGCCACUUGGUUACUGCAGCUUGCAGUUUGUUUAGCAGCACAGUUAAAAGGGACCACAAGAUGAAAAGACACAACUCUGGCAUAUUCCCAGCAGCACUGGCAGCUCAUCUGGGCGCUUCCCUCUCUCCCUCUCCAGUUUUGUUUUUUUUUUCCCCAGUGUGUAGAAAGAGAACUGCUUCUGUGUGCAACUGCUGCUAUGAAACCAGGCCUCACAAAUGUCCUUCUUUCAGUAGCCCUGGGAAUUACCUCCCGACAGAUAUUCUACUCAAUUUUACAUGGAGCAGGUUUUGCAGUGCUACUAUCAGGCAUAGACCAGGAUCCAUCCUUCACCCUAUGUGAGCUGUACCCUCUGUAUAUGCACACACACAAGAAAAAAUUCUCCCCAAUCACUAGAUUUCCCCAGGUUAACAAAGCACCUGCAAGAUUUGCAUUCUUUAGACUAUCAGGUCUUACCUUUUUUUGUUUUUAUUUGACUGGGUUUUGUAGCUAGUGCUCACAUGCUUUAAAGCAUGUCACUGCUGUGAAAUGUUGGGAAGGUUCGUAGUUGCUGAUUGUCAGGUGAGCGAUUGCUUGGCAGCACACAGCUAACAGCAGCAGGUGUUUCUCCCAACUGUACACUCCACAGAGGAAUUGCCAGCUUUAACAAAGCUGGUUUACAAAGGUUAAAAAAGCACCUGCAAGAUUUGCAUUCUCUAGACUAUCAGGUCUUACCUUUUUUGUUUUUAUUUAACUGGGUUUUGUAGCUAGUGCUCACAUGCUUUAAAGCAUGUCACUGCUGUGAAAUGUUGGGAAGGUUCGUAGUUGCUGAUUGUCAGGUGAGCGAUUGCUCGGCAGCACACAGCUAACAGCAGCAGGUGUUUCUCCCAACUGUACACUCCACAGAGGAAUUGCCAGCUUUAGUCAGGAAACCACGUGGUGCAAGUACUGCAAAGGCUUGAAAACAACGGGUGUCUCCAAAGAGCAGUCCUGCCUCUUUGCCUCAGAAAUCACCAGUGCUGUGGCUGUAGUGGUGGGGGUGGCCAGCAGAACUGAGCUAGUUCUGACAGAGAGUGCAGCCCUAUGUUCCUCCCCCCACAUCAGUCUUCUGUGCUGGCUGCCUGGCAUAGCAACUUUGGUUUGGCAUUGGUGGCUGGAGCACAUUCCUGCCCUGGGAGGGGAAGCACAGGAGAAUCCUCAGAGGAACAAAGUUCUGAUGUGAGCAAUGCCUGGUGUCAGCCACCUGCCCAGGGGAGGCUCUGGGGGUGUGGAGGGACUUUUCAUCCUAUCAAAGUGUGCAGCCCAGAAAACACCAUUAAACUCUAGGGUCUGACUUGCUGAGGGGAGCUUUCUCUUUGGAGCUGGAGAUCUUCUCCAGAGCCUGCCUGUAGUGAAAGGUGGGAAACUUGGAAUUGAGACCAGGGUCUAUAUUUGAUUGACAAUGCCUUGGUUUUGGCUGUAAAAUGAUUGUUUUAAUUCUCUCUAAUAGCUUUCCCUAGCCAAAUUAAUCCACUACCCUAAAAAGGCUUAUUAAGGUGAGCCAUGCCCAGGUAAUGCCACUGAUCUAAAUUAACGCUUCAGCUUGUACUGAAAAACAAAUCUUAGAAUUGUGGAACAGUUGGGUUGGAAAGAGACCUUUGAAUAUCAUUUGGUCCACCUUACCUGACAUCAGCAGGGACAUCUUUAACUAGAUCAGGUUGCUAAAAGCCCUGUCCAACCUGCUCUCAAACACCUCUGGGCUGGAGCAUCCCAGACAGAUACUGCAGAAAUCCCCUUUCCCAAUGUGAGCGGAUGCUUUCCUAUGUGUCCUUCAUACUACUGCCUCUGAACACUGGACAGUCUUUAGUUGCUUUGUCAGCAUGGCUCUUGCUGAUGAAGCAACAGGCUCUUGCACCUGUCAUUGAGUUGGAGAACUGAACAGACCCCUGCAUGACUUGCCCAGGAUCUCACCAGGCAUCUGAUGCAGCAGAAAAGGGAAUCAGACCAUCUCCUGGAUUUCAUGGCUGGAUUGUGGACCAUUUCUCAUGUUUCCAAGAGACUUUAUGGCCUUUCUGCCCAAUGAAGUGUUUUCAUCUUUUAAUUCUAGUACAUUGGAAGGCUUUUCUUGACAGGAUUGCAAUUUGAGGAAGUGAAGGCAAUGUGUUCAUUGCCUCCUAGGCGCACUUCAGGGUGUGUUAUGAGUGCAGCUUCCCCCUCAGAAUGAAGUCGGGGGUCUGCUCCAGUCACUGGGUCUUGACCAUCUGCCAAGGCUUUGCUCCUUGUGCAUAUACAAAGUCUUACUCAAGCAGGGCGAGAUUAAUAUAGAAAUUAAAAGCCACUAAGUCGAAGUCUAUUUUGUUGAAACACAGGCAAGCUCAACAUACUCCACGGCCUCCCAAAAGGCACUGAAAAUGUGGUUGGGAGGGCAGCAAGAUGAAAACUCAAGACAGGAUCAAAGUUUUGUAUUGUACUAAAAAUAUAAGGAUGUUUUUCCUACCUGGCUACCAGCUUCUGUUCAGUGAAAACAUGAAGCUUGCCAAAGCUUCAUCUGUGCUGAGCAAGCCAAGGGCCUGGUGAAAAAUCUUUCAGGAGGAUGUUGUCAGGCACGCUCCUGAGGUGGAGUAUGAGCUGGUCCCUUUUUAAUCAUUGUGGCAAAGCCUGAGCAGCUCUGUGGCUCUCAGCAGGAGGGCAGAGUGAAGGGGGCAGGGUGUGGGGUGUUGAAACUGAGUGAACUGGAACAGUGGGAAAUUCAGGUGUUUGCUGAUGAGCCUGAACCACAGGCAGAAAUGUUCCUGUUAUCAUGUUCUGCAGCAUGACACUUUAUUGGAAACAUUGCAGACCACAAUCACUGUUCUGGCAGCCCCAGUCAUUGGAAGCAUCCUAGAAAAUGAGUCCAUGGAACCUCCUAGCAUGUGAGGCACUGUCAGGUAAGGCAGCUGCCCAGCCCUGCUGCCAGGAAGCUAAUGACUUGCUUCUGUCUUUACCUUAAUGGGGUAACCCUCUAAUGGGCUUUUGCUUUGUUUCCCAUUCAUCCCAGUUCCUGUGUGCACAGAAAACACGGCAGGACAUGCUGGUUUGUAUCCGUCAGCCCACAGGUGCACUGGCACACGGAUUUAUUAUCAGGAAUAUAUUACACUUAUCUGUACAUCAUAAUUGAAAUAAUACAAACUCUUCCUGUAAUCAUUAGCCACAUAAUAAACGGGACCACAGAACUCCUGCUGCAUGGGAAACUGUACAGAGGCUCCUCAGAGUGUCCAUGGGACACAACCACCAUCAGUGCAGAGACAAAAUACCUGAUUUUGCACUUGAUAGUUUUUUCUUUCCUCCCCCCACCUGCCACCACCACAAGCCUUUGCUGCUGUGCAUCAAGUGAGUCAACCCAUCUGUGCCAGCAGUCACUGGAGGUGCAAUCCCAGUAGGGACAAAUGGUACCUUCCCACAAUAAAAAUGAGUUUUCCAUGCCCUGCUCACUGCUGGCUCUCCUGCCAUCCCAUGGCUGAUACCUGCUCCCAGUGCCCAUCUCUGGAACCCCUGGGAGCAAUUGUGGGCUGGUUUUAUUGCUGCUACACCCUUCUGCAUUGAGCAAAGAUUAACAAACAGCUUCCUUAAAGACAGAGAUGAUGAAACUCUUUCUGCUUAGUGCUGGCUACAUUCCCUCUGCUGCCAAAGGCUGUCCUAUUUCCAAAUGGCAAAGUCCCCACAGUGGCCAUGGCAUUUGGGAAGUUUCCAGCUCUGCAGAAGCAAACACUUUCCCUCCCCAGCUUGGCCCUGCACCUGGGGAUCUUCAUUCCCUGGGAAUGGCUGCCCCAUUCAGGGGCUGCUCCUUUCCUCCCACUAUCUGAGUGACCUGAGCUUUUCUUUUGCACCUACUUCAGCAUGCAGAGGCAAAGAAAGACAGGACAGAGGAAAAGUAUAAAAAAGGAAUAACCUUUUCUGGAGAAAGAAGUCUUUUUCUGGGCUUGCACCAGAAGGAGCCACUCUUCACACCCCCCACAGGGACUGGUUGCUGGGUCCCUCUGGUUAGGCAGAACUUCCUGCAGUUUUGCUAGUGAUUUGGCACACCCCAGAGGGUGUGCCAAGGAAGAAUCCAGUGAGAGGCAGGAUUAGGAGGCAAAAAUUAGAUGGGAAAGGGAUUGGCAAUGAUAACAAAUGAUGAUGGAGCUGGGUUAGGUCCCAGUUUUCCCACCAUAAAAGCCCCACUCCCAAUUCACUGCUGGAAGCAUCUCUUGAAUAUUAUUUUAAACCAACAAAGUGAUAAGGAAAGCACCUUAAAGGUAUAAAGGUAUAAAGGGGAAAGAUUAAUAAAUUACAACAGGUUCAGCCAGCCUGUCCUGGGCCAAUGAUAUGCUUUAGUGCAUUUAAAGUUUUUAGGAGCAUCAAUAACAACUCCAGUUGUUUCAUCUCAACCAUUUUUACAAAGGGUAAAAAGGAGAAUCCCAACUACCAACUACCAACAAGCCACUCUGACUAAUCUGAUGGCCCUCUGCAAUGGUGUGACUGUGUCAGUGAGUGAGGGAUGAGCAACUGAUGUCAUUUACCUGGACUCUGCUGGGCCUUCGACAUAGUCCCACACAGCAUCCUAAACUGGGGAGAUAAAACUUUGAUGGAUAGAAGCUGGCUAUGGAAUUGGCUGGAUGGUUGCAUCUGGAACAGCUCAAUGUCCAAAUGGCCAUCAGUGAGAAGUGGUGCCCCUCUGGGGUCUGUAUUUGGGCCAAUAUUUAAGAUAUUACUGUGUAAUAGCUUAAAUGACUCAGACAGUGGGAUCAGGUGCAUCCACAGGAAGUCUGUGGAUUGACACCAAGGUGAGUGGUUCAGUUGGUACACUGGAAGGAGGGAAUGCCAUACAUGGGGGAUCUGGGUAGGCUUGAGAGGUGGGGCCAUGUGAACAUCACGAGGUUCAACGAGGCCAAGAGCAAGGUCUUGCACCUAGGCCGGGGCAACCCUUGGUAUGAAUACAGGCUGGGGGAUAAAGAGAUUGGAAACAUCCUUGCUGAGGAGGACUUGGGAAUACUGCUGGAUAAGAGGCUGGACAUGAACGAACAGUUGGUGCUCAAAGCCCAGAAAGUCACUUGUAUCCUGGGCUGCAUCCAAAGCAGCGUGGCCAGCAGGGCAAGGGGGGGAUUCUGCCCCUCUACUCUGCUCUUGUGACACCCAGCCUGGAGUGCUGCAUCCAGCUCUGGGGAUAAGAAGGACAUGGACAUCUUGGAGUGGGUCUAAGAGGAGUGCCACAAAGAUCUUAAAAGGCUGGAGCACCUCUUCUAUGGAGACAGGCUGAGACACUUAGAGUUGUUCAGCCUGGAGAGGAGAAGACUUAGGGGAGAUCUUUUAGCAGCCUUCCAGAACCUCAAGGGGGCCUAUAAGAAAAAUGGAGAGAGACUUUUUAGCAGGGCCUGUAGUGAUAGAAGGGACAACAGUUUUAAACUGGAAGAGGAUAGGUUUAGAUUGGACAUAAGAAAAAGAAUUUUUACAAUGAGAGUGGUAGGAAUAGGUUGCCCAGAGAAGUUGUGGAUACCCCAUUCCUAGAAGUGUUCUAGGCCAGGCUGGAUGAAGCUCUGAGCAACCUGGUCUAGUGGAAAGUGUCCCUGCCCAUGGCAGUGGGGGCUGGACUAGAUAAAGUUCCCUUCUAACCCAAAUCACCCUCUGAGUCUGUGACCUCACUGUCUCAGAAUUCUGUUGGUGGAAUGAAAGAUGACAAUGCUGUAGGUGUUGCAAAUAGCUGUGCAGUUAGCAAAUAUCAAAAUGAUUAAAGUCAUACUUGGCAAGAAGGGGCUGUGUGUGCAUGUAUGUGCUAGGUAUUUAUCUUUCAGGUUGUACUUGCUGGACACACUAAAAUCUAGCAAUGCAUUUCAACAGUAGUAGCUGGUGUGGCAUGAUCUAUUCUAAUAAGAUGCUCAAUUUACUCAGUAUCACAGUACCAUGCAAAAGCUGCUACAAAAAUAAAUUUCUCUAAAAAGGAGAAAAAAAAAUCAUCUUUCUUUUUAACACUGUGGAACAGGCCACAGGCGCUUUGAUGGUGGUUGAAGCUGUAUCUAAGCUGCAGUCUGUGAAUCCUGAGUAUUUCCCAGGAAGGCUGAAGCACAGCUCCCACUCUGGCAGGAUGGCAGGCUGUGCAGUGCCACCCCUGUGGGUGCAGGGCCUGCUGGUGCCACCCCACACCCGGGUGAGAAAGCCACCCUCCCUGCAGCCAUCCUGCACCUCAGGGAUUUCCUCCAGGUACUGUCGCCCUGCUAACUAUGGCCCCAGUGCACAUAGCAGGCCUGCAUGCAGGCUCUUUGCCCUAAGCUGGGUAGAAAAGCAUCCCACAAUCUCUUUGUUUUGUCAGUUAUGCUCAGGGAUAUUUUUAUCUUGUUAGCCAUGCCCAUGAGGGCCCUGCAGACAGUCUGACCCCAACUACUCCUCAGCCUCACCAUCCCCUCAGGUGGGAAGUCACCCCAAACCUGGGUGAACAUUUUUGCUUCUAGAUGGGAAAGUUAAAGGUAGUUUAGUCACUCAUUUCCAUGAAUCUUCAAAGUGCUCUGUAACUCUGGGUAAGCUGUAGCAAUGUGAAAUAAUGCAGAUACGUGGAAGGAACAAAAUUCUGACUUCGUCCGCACCUAUGAAGUUGGCUAUGCUCUAUUUGGCAUUUGAGGUGGAAGGAAGCCAGAGCCCUAGCAGAUGUCCAGUAUCUCAUCUUACCAUUGGAAACCUCCUCCAGCAAAGAUAAGCAACUUAUUUUUUCCUUCAUGCUUCUGGGGCUUGAAAUAAAACAAAAUGGACAGAAAUCUA